GGAGGACACUGACACAGAGAGUGGAGCAGCAAGCUUGCAGCUGUGGGAGAGGGGGAAAUAAAGGGAGAGAAGGAAAGGAAAGACUUAGAGCAAAAUCACAGUGAAACAUUACACAGACUAGGAUACAUUGAGUGAUCUCUGUCAAUCAGUUGAGAUUAUGAAAACUACUGCAUUAUCCUUAAUGGGGUAGAUAAAGAUUGUAUCUGAAAUCCUGUAUUACUGCCAUGAGUCACAAAACGACAUACAAGGUUCAAAGGAAUUUAGAAUUAAACUGAUCAGGUGAAGAAAAACCAACAGAAGAUGUAAUUGAUUAAGUGGUUCAAGUAAAAGAAUUUCAAGAGGAACUAUUGAGCGAGGCAAGCAAACUGUGAAAAGUGAAAAACUAGCAAGAACGCAUACAGUAUCAACCAAUCAAAGAAUAAGAGAGACGUUUAAAAUAUAUGUUGUCAAUAAAUGAUUAAAGGCAUAGACAGUGAAAUGAAAAACAACAAAGAAAUUAGUCAUGUGCCGUGACAUAGUCAAAAAGUAAUAGGUUACAAAGAGACAGACAGCUGAACAGUGAAAUACAGUAGACAGGGAAGUAAAGGAGAGAUACACUCAGCAACUUAAACAGAUAAAAGCAAGCAAGAAAAGUAAAGCAGCUGAACAACAAAAGGACGAGAAAGAGAGUAUACAAUAUCCCAAAGAAAACUGAACAGAAUUGGAAACUUCAGACAGGCGACAUGGCGAAGCCAACAAUUUAACAUUACCAAUGAGUCCCUUCUCAUGAAAUGCAGUCCGAUGACCUCUUUGUGCGUAAACUGCGCCAUCCCCCAACCCGAUCCUCCCCUCACAAGAGUCCUCGUGAGUCAAAAUCUUUAAUAGCUACAGGGAACAGUAAACACAACGGAGGGGGACGUUCUCUUUCAGAAUCUGAUCCAGAUCCCAGGGAAAAAGGAACCAGUAGCCCAUCUGCCAUACGUUUCAAGGAUCCAUUCCUGUUGCUGGGACUGGCUGGGAUCAGUCAGGGGCCGCCGGCCCAAGAGGCUAAAGAAAAGCCCCCUGAAGGAUGUCCGGUAGCCCAACGACCCAAGAGUUUUGCUCACCAUGAUGUUCAAAGCAUACUGUUUGAUCCUUUUCGAAAAGGUGAAUCUGAAAGUCGAAAAAAUGUUAGGAGUGGAGCUUCAGCAGCCUCGCAGCUUAGAACUUGUACUUCAUCACCAAGAAGAUCUUUGUCAUCGCCUGAGGAGCCAGGAGAUCCAGGUGAUGGAAAGGACAACGAGCUUCUCCUCAGUUGUCCCUAUUUUCGCAACGAAAUAGCUGGAGAAAGCUUUGAUGGACAAAAGGACCCAGGAUGGAAUUUCUGCACUUCUUUUACUUUGCACAGUCCUCACAUCACCUCUCCUGUGAGGGGUCCUAAUGCAGCUGUAUCUGUGCUGGAAGAAGCUAGGGAAAGAAUGAGAGACAGUAGCUACUUUGUGGAGUAUCAAGAUCUGGGAGCAUUAUAUUAUCGAAAAUAUUUUUGCGGCAAAGAGCAUCAGAACUUUUUUGGGAUUGAUGAACGUUUGGGACCUGUUGCUAUAAGCUUACGGCGUGAUGAGAGAGAGGGACCACAAAGUAUUCAGUACAAUUACCGAAUAGUUUUCCGUACUACAGAGUUAAAAACUCUCCGUGGAUCUAUUCUUGAAGAAGCAUUUCCGCCAACAAUCCGAACAAACUCCUCAAGAGCCAUCUCUCCAAAGAAAUUGCUUGAAUAUGUUGUUCCAGAAGUCAGCCUGCAAUGUCUGCGUUUGGCAUCCAAUUCUCCCAAGGUGCCAGACACGUUACUCAAGUUAGAUGAGCAGGGGCUCAACUUUCAGAGAAAAAUAGGUGUCUUGUACUGUCGAGCUGGGCAGAGCUCUGAGGAGGAGAUGUAUAACAACGAGACAGCUGGACCAGCUUUCAAUGAGUUUUUAAGUCUUUUGGGGGAUGAAGUCAGACUCAAGGGAUUUGACAAGUACCGGGCACAGCUGGAUAACAAAACUGAUAGCACGGGUACACACUCACUUUACACCCGAUAUCAAGACUAUGAGAUUAUGUUCCAUGUUUCGACAAUGCUUCCGUACACAGCAAGCAACAGUCAGCAGCUUCUUCGAAAGAGGCACAUUGGCAAUGAUAUUGUGACUAUUGUUUUUCAAGAACCUGGAGCCCAUCCUUUCACCCCCAAAACUAUUCGCUCUCACUUUCAGCACGUCUUCCUGGUGGUUCAUGCCCACAAUCCCUGCACUCCUCACACUUCCUAUAGUGUGGCCAUUAGCCGAACUGCUGACACACAAUCAUUUGGCCCUGUUUUGCCUACCACAUACUUUCGCAGGUCACCUGAACUCAGAGACUUUCUGCUCUCGAAGGCAGUAAAUGGCGAGAAUGCAGCUGAACGUGGGGGGAAAUUUUUGGCCAUGGCAACACGAACCAGAGAAGAAUACCUGAGGGACUUGGCUCGUGACCAUGCUACUACAGCUACCCUGGACUCUUGCUCUUCCAAGCUAGCCAUAUUAGGUCUUUCAAAAAAACGGGACAGAGCUGGCAGUACUGGUCCAAGUGAGAAGGCUGGAAAGGGCCCUCGCUGGACAUAUACCAUACCUCCAGAAUUCCACAGUCCUGGGGCUCUAGUGUGGUCUGUUAGAGUCUUGAGCUCUUUUAUCCCUGAGGGAAUGUAUUUACUUGGAAUAUCAUCUGAAAUGUUGGUUUUGGUAGAUGCAAAAAAAGAAAAAGAGGGAGCAGUGUGCUUCCAUUGCUCAUGCCGGGAUGUAUUGGGGUGGACUUACUCUUCAAAAGGAGGUCUAGACCUGUACUAUGGACGAGCAGGUAAACUGGGACUGCGACCAAUUGCUGGAAGUGAUGGAGAGGUGGAAGAGGAAGUGAAUCACAUUGUAAAGAGGUUGCAGGUAGUUUCUGGUGGCUGUGAGACACGAGAGAUUUCGCUUCUGAGGAAUGGUCUCGGACAGCUUGGAUUUAUUGCAGAUUCUGGUGGCUUUGUUACAGAAGUGGAGAGAUUCAGCAUGGCAGAAACGGUGGGACUCAGCCCUGGAACACGCUUAGUAGCAGUCUGUGGUCAGCCCUUUUGCUCUCUUACACCUGAUGAUGUGCGUUCUCUCUUCCUAAGUGCCAGGAAGGUGACAGUCACCACUCUGCCACCAGAUGAGUCAGGAAAGCCACGCAGGUGCUAUUCUGAAUUGUAUGUGAGAUCACUGCAGGAGAAAAGAGUUCUGAAAACCUCACGAGGAGGUGAAGAUGAGGAGGAGACAAUGGAUAGAAAAGCUGAGCCUCCAUCUGAGACUCAGAGCCUUCUCCGCACUUUGUCUGUACAAGAGGAGAGGACAGAGUUCAGGUAUGAAAAUGAUCUGGCUCCUCCUGAUAUUAUUCCUCAGCCAGACCCUGCAGGAGAAGAAAUGAAUAUGGAUGACACUGCUUGCCCCCAUGAAGAUGACAUAUUUGAAUCAGAUGACUUAAUUCAGGAAGAAAAUCUGUCAACUAUGUCCUCUUUUCAGGAACCCAUCCAGAACACGCUGUCCACGGGUCAGGCAUCUAUUGAUGAUGAAUGGCAGAGCAUCUCAGACCUCACUCUGGCAUGUAACAGCAUUUUGGAAGCCAUGUCUAAAGAAGGUCAAGGGUCAGAGGACACAACUGAUUUAGGAGCUCACAAUUCUCUCCCAGCACAACCAGGAAAUCUUACUGAUAAAGUCACAGAGCUGGAGCUAAAGCUGAAGAGACUGCAGGAGGAUUUAAAAAAGGAACAGGAAGGUAGGGCUCAGCUGCAAGCGGAGGUGCUGAGUCUGAAGAGGACACAAGAAGAGGCAUUCACUGGAACAAUGCCCCGUGGGGGUGGGGCCAAAAUGCUUAAAGGUGGAGCCAAUAACUGUGAAGGAUCUGCCAAUGACUGCACAGAAGACAAAGACUGAAUGGGUCGAGGGAUAAGGGAGGGAACCGAUCAUUAAAGCACCAGAAAAGUAAUUAUUUUGAAAAGAUACUUUAAGAGGAAAAGACUGAGUUUUAUGUGGCAAUAUGAAAGUUUGGUCAGAUAAUAUGUGGUCAGGCCUGCAAAAAUAGGAAGGAAAAUUAAGAAAGUCUGUGGAGUACUAGAUUAUGAAAGUUAAACCAGUGUGUCGAAAAAAAACUUUUGUGUUUAGGAGCCAUACAUAUUUCAGGGAACGAUGAUGUAGUGAGAAGAGGCAAAAUGUAAAUAGGUCCAUUUAAAAUGACAGAAUGCUCUUGCAUUGGAGUGAACGACUGGAGAGUAAAGGAUCUUAACGGUAAAUGUAGAAUUAAGUGUUUUUAAAACAGUAUUCAAGGACUGAUGGGAACAAAUAAUUUUCCACAGAGGGCAGUAUUUUUAUGCCCGCUAAUAAUUCAGGGAGGGGUUAAAAAAAACUGUGAAGGGGGUUGACAAAGUGACGCUGUGUAGGUGAGAUGAUAACAGAGUUUCGCACUGCAUGGGAUAGGAUGUUAGGGUUCUGUUUUGGAGGGGAUUGAUCAAAGGAAGUAUGCCAUAAGGUGAAUAGCUAUGUAUAUAUGAAUGUCUUCCGGCGAUCAUCUUUGAAAUUCUUGCCAUUGUGAAUGUACACCUGGGGUAAUAAAGGGGUAAAAUCUA